AUGGUUCCUUGCCGCCAUGUCGUCGCAGCAGUGAUCUUGCUCCGAGGUGCAAAGCAGAUCCUGGCAAGAAACUGUGGAUUGACAGUAUCGGGAGCAAAGGCUCCUGAUGAAAAGUUUGAGCCACUGCGAGUGGGCGAUCCAGAUGCCGUAGACUUGGAGGACUUGCUGUUCUCGGAGCCUUCUGCUCAUGAUUGGGGCAACAUUCUCAGACAUUGCAAAUCCGGUGACGGCGACAGUGACUCAUGCCUUACGUUUGGCAUCGACGAGUGGAACUCGAGCUCUUUCCAGGCACUAAUCCACGAAGGCGUCGGCGGACGGCCCUGUGAGGAGGAUUAUGCGCUUGUCGCCGAAACGUGCGGAGGUCAGGUGGCGUGCCAAAACAUCGAGGGACAGAUCCGCAUUGUCGGAUUUGCUGGUGAACUGGGUAGCCAGACAGACUUAACAAAGCUGUCCGCACUGCCUUACCUAUCCGCCGCGGUUCUGAGAGGGCCGGCCAAGAGCGAUGUGGAAGGUCACUCUUGGCCAUUGCUGCGGUUCCUUCGGCUGGAGGCGCCAAGCCAGGACGUGGUGCAGACUGUGGCGAAGGCACUGCAGGGGCCUCCUGGACGACGGCUCCGGAGCUUGCAAAUCUACGGUCGUCAGGAUGUGCUUCGGUGGACCCCAAUCGAUCUGGCUGAGUUUUGCGGCCUCGACCUUGUUCACUUCACUGCGUUCGUUAUUCACGUCGCUGGUGGUGCACUUCCCGAAUGCUGGAAUAAGAUGAGGAACUUGAGAAACUUUUACUGCUCCAACUGCAUGAUGUCCCAUCCUCCGACAGCGUUGAGGGGAUUGCAGUCCCUGAGAUCCUUCGUCGCCUUUCGACAGUGGGAGAUGAUUCCGUGCGCCCUACAGCGCUUGUCGAGAGGUGGCUGCAAAGCCUCCUGGGAGACCCGUCAUCUCUUCAAGGACGGCGGCCGCGCGACAAGUACUGGUACCUGGGGAGAUUUCCAGGAAGGGCCCAGCUUCCUUUGUCCUCAACACUCCUUCGGCUUUGCCUUCGAGGAGUUUGUGAAGCUUGGCUGGAGCAACAUCGAGAAGGUUUGGCUAGAUGGGAACUUUCUCACCGGCAAGAUACCUGAAGACAUCGCAUCACGGUGGCCGAAGUUGAAGUCCUUGGAUUUGUAUGACAAUGACCUGGAAGGACCUCUGCCGGAGUCUUUGGGAACUUUGCCUUUCGUGAAGCUGCAGCUUCAAGCCAACAACUUUGCAGGCACGGUGCCGCAGAAUGUUUGGAGUUUGACUCAGAGGCCUCAUCUUAUCCUGGGACUACAGGAGAAUGUCAACCUGACCGGCUGCGCAGCGGUCGGUCACUGGGAGCACGGCGUGCCAGGCACUGCAAUCGGUUCCUGCAAAGCGGAACUUUGA